AUGCAUGUAACUUCAGCUUUAUCUGUUUGGUGUUGGUUGGUACUAGCUACAAUGAGAUUUAUCGCAAUUUUACGUCCAAUUAAAUAUCGUCUUUUGUGGAGAGAACCACAACUAGCACUUAUUAUUAUCGCAAUUUCAUGUAUAAUUUUUGAAUGUUGGAUAUUGAAAACUGUCAAAUAUGUUAAAUAUUUUAAGGCUUGUCUGGAUGAUGAAGAGGUAGUUCCUGGAGUUAAUGAUAUUUUUUUGAUUGCAGAUAUUAUUGUUAUGUUUAUUAUACCAUCAACAGUUAGACUUUUCCUGGACGGAUAUGUAUUUUUAAAAGUUUACGGAAAUUCACCCUCAAAAGCAUGGGGUGGUAAAGAACAAUUAGCUUUAUCAUCUGUAUGCUCAUUAGAAAUGAGAAUUAGAAAAGCAUCAUGUAUGGAAUGGGCAGAAAUAAAAAAGUCUGAUGCUGGAGUAAAGGAAACAUUUAUAAUUCGUAGCGAUAACUAUAAUAAAAAACGAAAUUUUAUAUUUAUACGGUCAAUUAUUAUUUCUGCUAUUAAUCUUAUAUGUAAUACACCAUCAAUGGCACUUAGAUUAUUAAAUAUAAUCUAUCCAGAAGCAGCAAUAUUAAUGUUUUCAAAUCAAAUUAUUGAAGGCUUUGUUCAAUUAUUGUAUUUUUCACAAUUCGCAUGUAACGCAUUUUAUCUAUCAACAACAAUCUAUGAAACUAUGGGACAACAAUAA